AAAAGGGAAUCUAUUCGUGGUGUCUCAUGACAGGGUUCACAGGGUUCAUGUGGGUUUCUCAGUUCAUCACGUGCAUCAUCGCGUGCGAGCGGUGUUUCUGCGUGUUCAGCCCCUUCAAGGCUCAGAAAUACUUCAAGACCUCCACCAUGGCCGCCGUCAUCGGCGUGUCCAGCGUCCUUCUGGUGGGCGGCAUCACCCUCAUCGCCGGCCACAAACACACUUUUACCUGCGUCUUUGAUCCGGUGACUAACGAGACCGGCAUGGCCAACAGCUAUACCAGUUUUUAUUUGGAUCACAAGUAUGUAUUUGACAUUAUCGACGUCUUUAUCUACGCUGUUAUUUUCACCAUCGCUCUCCUCUUCGUCAUCAUUAUCACCUCUAUCGUCACUGUCGUCAAACUGUACGAGGCGUCCCGGUGGCGACAACAGAACGGCAUGGGGUUAUCGUCGACGAGCAAGGAAACGAAGGACUCGUCGUCACGCCUCUCCAUCAAAGAGGUGGCCAUCACCAGGAUGCUGCUGGCGUCGUCGCUGUUGUUCAUCGUCUGCUUCUCGCCCGUCGUCUUGCUACAGCUCUCCAUCUUCCUCGUGCCCCAGCUGAGCAUGUCCGGGCGCUACUAUAACCUUCUGUCCGUAAUGUGGAGACUGGUUUCGGUCCUUCGUAUGGUCAACUGCUCUCUGAACUUUAUCAUCUACUACCUCAUGGGAUCGCGCUUUCGCACAACACUUUGGGAACUUCUAGGUGUUACAAGUCGUCUUAAAGGAACAGGCAACUGAGCAAUUAAAUUUCCCUUAAAUAUAGAAAUUGAAUUAUAUCUGACCAACAUAUGACUACAGAGUUGCCAAUACGUAUGUCUUCGGUUCAAAUAAUCUUAAACGGGAAACACGUAAC